AUGAGAUCACGUGACCAAGCGAUCGAACCUCUCGGACACCUCAUCAAAACCCCAAAGGAACCCCAACAGCAAGCCUUAAGAGUCUCAGUAGAACCUCUUAGGAACUUCAUCUUAAACCCUUCAGGAACCUCAAAGGAACCUUAUCAUAGGCCCUUCAAAGAACCUCAUCCUAAACCCUUCAAGAACCUCGCCAGAACCCUAAGGAACCCCCAACCCCCCCCCUCUCAAGGAACCUCACCUAGAACCCCAAGGAACCCACCAACCCCCCCUCUCAACUCCACCCCCCUCUCAAGGAACCUCACCAGAACCCCUAGGAACCCCACCCCCCCAACCCUCUCAAGGAACCUAAGGAACCCCACCAACCCCCUCUCAAGGAACUCCACCCCCCCUCUCAAGGAACCUCACCAGAACCCUUUCUGA